UUUACAGCCAACUUGAAUGACCCUGACCCUCUGGGCCUUGAGAGUUAUGUCAUCCCAGAUUCAAGUCUGACAGCUUCCAGUGAGUAUAAUGCUGACCAUGGUGCAAAGAGAGGUCGUCUUAACCUGGCCCGAGUCGGUAACCUGCGUGGAGCCUGGUCUGCACGAACAAACGAUGCCAACCAGUGGAUCCAGGUGGAUCUUUUGGACCUUUACCGUGUCAUUUCAGUUGCGACUCAAGGGCGAGAAGAUGUUAGCCAGUGGGUUACAAGCUACAAGCUUGCUUGUAGUACUGAUGGCACGACCUUUCACACCGUGCAGGGCAUUUCUACAAAUCCUGGAGCUGACAGGAUCUUCACCGGUAAUGUUGACCGCAACACCAUCGUGACCAACACUCUUCCUGUGCCCCAGAUUUGCCGUUAUGUUCGCUUGAUGCCUGUCAGCUGGUUCGGCCACAUCAGUCUUCGAAUGGAGAUCUACGGUGAAGGCCCUCUCACAGCCAACUUGAAUGACCCUGACCCUCUGGGCCUUGAGAGUUAUGUCAUCCCAGAUUCAAGUCUGACAGCUUCCAGUGAGUAUAAUGCUGACCAUGGUGCAAAGAGAGGUCGUCUUAACCUGGCCCGAGUCGGUAACCUGCGUGGAGCCUGGUCUGCACUAACAAACGAUGCCAACCAGUGGAUCCAGGUGGAUCUUUUGGACCUUUACCGUGUCAUUUCAGUUGCGACUCAAGGGCGAGAAGAUGUAAGCCAGUGGGUUACAAGCUACAAGCUUGCUUGUAGUACUGAUGGCGCGACCUUUCACACCGUGCAGGGAAUUUCUACAAAUCCCGGAGCUGACAGGGUCUCUUAA